AUGGUGGAUGUGUUGAAACAACUACAUAUGAGAAUUCUGUUGGUGGAAGCUUUAGAGCAAAUGUUGAACUAUGCAAAAGCUAUGAAGGAAUUUCUGGCUAAGAAGAGAAGGUUUAGAGAAUUUGAAACUGUAGCCUUAGCUACAGAAUGUAGCUUGUUUUUUCUGAACAAGUUACCUCAUAAAUUAAAGGAUCAAGGAAGUUUCACCAUACCUUGCAAUAUUGGAGAAUCCUAUUAUCGUAAGGGUUUGUGCAAUUUGGGAUUGAGUAUCAACUUGAUGCCUACGUCUGUGUUUAAAAGAUUAGGUAUUGGUAAGGCCAGACCGACUACUGUUACACUCCAACUAACAUACAAAUCCUUAGCAUAUCUGGAAAGAAAAAUUGAGGAUGCAUUGGUACGUGUUGAUAAAUUCAUAUUUCCUGUUAACUUUAUUAUCUUAGAUUUUGAAACAGAUAAAGAAGUACCAAUCAUCCUAGGAAGGCCUUUCUUGGCAAUCGGCAGGAUGAUAAUCGAUGUACAGAAAAGUGAAUUCACCAUGCGAGUUCAAGAUAAACAGGUGAUCUUUAAUCUACUCAAGGCCCUAAGAUCUCCUGGUGAGGUUAAAGAUUGUUCUAUUGUCUCCGAGACAGAUUUGUUGGUUCCUACAAAAUUAGAAUUCAAUUCUUUAAAUGAUCCGUUGGAAUGUAUUUCAUUUGAUUCUCCACAUCAAGAUGAGGACGAUACAUGUUUGGCCUUGUUGGAAGCUAUCUCAAAAGGAUUUAGUUCAAAAAUUUAG